CCUGACUUCCCCCUCCCGCAUCGACAGGAUCGCUUCAUCCAACCACUCAUUCCGAAAAUCAGACACACGAUACACCAGCCCACGGUUAUCGCAGUUUUUUUUCCUGGCCGUCGAAUGCAUCAUUCCACCAAAUCCAGUCGAUCUCGACGGUGUCGUUGUCUGUGGGCACUCUGCCGGUGCCCUCCUGCACCACCUCAUAUCGAUAGCCAUACGAUGGCGAUGUGCCAGUCCGGCGGCCGACAGUGCUGCGAUUGGCCGGCUGCCGCUGUGACGAUGAGGAGCCCUCCUGCCGCUGACGGACUGUGGCACCACCACCAUUGCCGCCGCCAGCCGCUGCUGCGCUGCACACAGAGAGCAGACACAACGCCAAUCACGAGAGAGAGGUAAGGGCUGCUCACCUCAAGUAGCCUCCCCAGCCAGACGAUGGCAGUGUGCCGGUCCGAGGCGCCACACUGAGAAGAACGGAACAAAGAUGGCCAAUUGGUGCAUCUGCUGGCCCUGUUGGGCUUUACCUGGCCUGUGGUGUCGGUGUGUCGGUCUUGGCAAUGCCGUACAUGGCCGCAUUGACGUCAAAUGGCGCCUGAUCCGUCUCGCUAGCCAUCGUCAGCACCGCAGCCAUGUCGGCGGGCGAGGCGCCGAGUCGCUUUCUGCGGUAGUAGUCGACCAUGCGGCCGAUGUGGUCGGGAUCGACCACCUCCACCGCCCGGCUGCUGGACCACCUGACGGCACACAAACAGUGAGAAGCACAUCAGUGUGUGUCGUUGUGUGUUGGUGUGAUGGGCUCACAGGUCAAAUCGAUUGGCCAGUGCGAUGUCGCCCAUUUCGUCCACAGUGGACUGAGUGGUCGAGGUGAGCUGUCCGCACACCUCGACCGACCGAAUGGCAUCGCCGCCACUCAGAGGCAGCAGAAAGGGCUCGACGGCCUGACACACACAGCCACAACCAUCAGACCAACAGACAUUUCCCUCUCUCUCUGCUCAUAAUCAUGUCGUCACCUGAAUCUCUUUGUCGAGAUUGUCGCGUCGUGUGUUGGCGGCCCGCAGCUGCCGCUCUAGCCGGGCCUUUUCCUUGGCAAAGGCUUUGACGAUGGCCUCCAUCGCCUUGAGGGCGGCGGCCGCCUCGGUGCGGCUGUUAGUCAGCGACCCGGUGGGCACUCCAUCGGCGCGUGAAGAAUCAGCGGCAUCCUUGUCGAGAGGCGUCAUCAUCAGUUUGACCCAGAAGCCAUGGCGACCUGCAACAGACACACCACACAGGCAGCCAAAGGAAGAAUGACGACACAAGGAGACUGUGUCAUCGCCUUCAUUGCCCUCACCCUUGUCGCGCUUGGCCACUUCAUCGAGCAGAUGGCCGACCGACGCCGCCUUGCCGGCGCUGCGAAGGGUCUCCGCAUUGAGGAUGGCCUUGUGGACGGCCUUGAAGCCUCCGGGCAGAUGUCGACGAACACCCGCUGGCUGUCGUCUUUGACGAGUCGGCCCUCCCAGCAGCCCCCGAAGAGGGCCGCCAGUAGAGUGCCCUCCACUCCCUCUCCCUGAGUCACGUGCUGCCGCCUGACGCUCAUCAGAUGGCCGCCCACAUUCAGCAGCAAAGUGUCGUCAGGGGAGGCCGCCGAGGGGUCCGAUGCGCCGUGCUGCUGCCUCUCUCGCUGGGCGUCCUCGUCAGCCUGGCGGAUCUGUGUGUGCAGCUGGCUGAUGGCGUCACCGAUGGCCGUCACGGGCACGUGCAGCUCAUUGAGAAUCGCAUGGGCGCUGAACCGCCGAGCGGCCAACUCGCCCUCCAUCCACAGGGCAACAGAUCUCUCUCAGAGGCAGUGCCUGAACCACACAGACAGACACAGACAGACAGACAGACCGAUGUGAACGGAUCUGCGCGUUUUUUGAUUGCCAUCGGUUCGCUUGUCCCACCUGAGGCUCUCCAAGGCGAAAGGACGUGCCGUCACCGUCUUCAAGUUGCGAGACUCUUCUUCGCGAUCGGAUUCUCUGCAGGAAUACCGCUAUUCGUUGCAUCAUUUGGCGCUUCGAGG